UCUCUGUCUGUCUCUCUCUCUGUCCCUCUGUCUGUCCCUCUGUCCCUCAGGUCUGCAGUUAUUAGCCACGGCCAGUCGGGACCGUCUGAUCCACGUCCUGGAUGCGAGCAGAGAGUUCAGUCUGGUUCAGACUCUGGACGAACACUCGUCCUCCAUCACCGCCGUCCGAUUCGCCGCCAAUGAGGGGAAGGUGAGGAUGAUCAGCUGUGGAGCCGAUAAGAGCGUUUACUUCCGCACUGCCGAGCAGGUGGAGGAGGGGCUGGAGUUCCAGCGCACUCAUCACGUGGUGAGGAAGACGACGCUGUACGACAUGGACGUGGAGCCCACCAGGAAGUACGCUGCGGUGGGCUGUCAGGACCGCAGCAUCAGGAUCUUUAACAUCAGUAACGGGAAACAGAAGAAGAUGUAUAAAGGCUCUCAGGGCGAGGAUGGGACUCUGAUUAAGGUGCAGAUCGACCCGUCAGGUCUCUACAUCGCCACCUCCUGCUCAGACAAGAACAUCAGCAUAUUUGACUUCUACUCGGGAGAGUGUGUGGCCACCAUGUUCGGACACUCCG